AGGAGGAGUUAGCUGUGAUAAAAUCUAACCCUCACCUGGCAUUUGGGAUGUGCGUGAAAGAUACUGAACGAGAUGGAAAGCCAGAGCUGAAGACCAAACAAGUGUAAAAUUGCACAAUUGAUUGCUCUACACUAUCAUCUCACAAUCUCCCACCGAAAAACGCCUGAAAUGCUGUGCUUGCUUAUGGCAUCCACAAGCAUGUAGUUUUGGCUGGCCCCGUUCUUUUUGUGAUCAUCAGAUUGGAUGAAGAUGACAGUGUUCUUUGGACCCUAGCGCGAAACUGAUUGUGGCAUGCAAUGACACAACAGUGUAUACUGCAUUUCUUGACAACGCAGUAGUUGCUGUGCAGAUGUUUUAUUGACACCUAUUUCAAGGCUUUCUGGCUUCAUUGAAUAGCGGCCACAGGUUUACCAGGUCUGAGUGCCCACCACUAUUUUUGCUAAUUUUUCACGCUCCUCUUUGCUUGGUUUUGGUUGUAAAUCCCUUCACAUUGGAUCGGUUAGUCAUUUGGCGGGAUAAGGACAGACAAUUGAUCAGACGCACGACAUGGUAUACAUAGCAAAAUGCUGAGUGUCUACUUGCUGGGGAGGCAUCUUUCAUCGAACGUUCUCUCCUUCCCGGGCCACCUGAUAAGUUCUGAGACGCAAAUUGUUCAGUUCAGAUGAUGACAGCAAACCUCACUAGGCCUAAACCUAAGCCACACCAAGCUAUCACGCAGCAUUUUGCGGCAUUAUGACCUUUCUGGUCAAAGUUAAAGGCCCGGAGUCGGAUGCACUGAUUGUUGCCAACUGGAUGCUGCAACUGCAAGUUGCCCAGGCCUCCUUGAAACGUGUCAAGUCUCAUGUUUUCCAGGUUUGCAGCGCAAGCCGCAGCAUAUCCACAGUCCAUUGUGCCGCCUUUCUUGCCAUCCCUGAAAAUGGAGGCUCCAGUGCUGGAUGGAACUUGGACACCUGUCCCCAUCGUUGCUGCUCCAGCUCCAGUUAUUAUGGCCACACCAGCUCAGGCAGAGGCCCAAGCUGCAGCUCAAGCAGCAGCUCAAGCAGCAGCUCAAGCAGCGGUGCCCUCCAAGGCACCUGCGCUGACACCCUUGCCAGCCGGGCCAGUAUCUCCGACAAGUGCGAAGGCCUCUGAAACUCAGAAGCUGAAGGCCAACAACAAGAUCAACAAGGAGAAUGCGCACUACAACAAGGACAAAUGCGGCAAAUUCAAGGGAAGGCUUAACCAGAACAAAGAGAACAUUCGAGGGGAUGAGCCUCAGGAGCAGGCCUACUGAGACGAAGCACAGGGAGAACCGGGAACCCGCGGGCUUAGAAGCGCUGAUUUCCAGCAUGAGCCCGGGGCCGACUUUGCAAUGCGGUCGCAUGCAUUGAGACCGUUGGCACCGGGGAUGCAAUCAUGCUGGUCUAGGCAAGCGUUUUUUGGCCUUAGGCUGGGCAUGGAGACAAUUUGUUUCAAG